AUGAGCGCGGCCGGCCCGCUUUUGACGGCGCUACUAGCCUUGUCGCUGGUGCGCGUUGCGGCCUACGACGUGGAGGCCGCCGGCGCGUCCUUCCGGCGCGACGGGUUCGCCGUGCUGGAGGGCUUCGCCGGUGCCGACGAGGUCGCGGCCAUGAAGGAUGCCAUGGCCGAGCUCGAGGCGGGCUACUGGGCGUCGCCCCAGGCCGCGCAGGCCACCGUCUUCCGCACGGACGCGGGCCAGUCGGGCGCCCAGGCCCAGAGCCGCUACUUCUUCGACAGCGCCGACGCGACGCACUUCUUCGAGGAACCGGACGGGAAGCGGCUGAACAAGGCCGGCCACGCGUUACACCUCCGGCGCGACGCCUUCGGCGCCUACAGCCGGAGCGCCAAGGUCGCGACCCUGCUCCGCGCCCUCGGCUACGUGCGGCCCGUGCUGCCCCAGUCCAUGUACAUCUUCAAGCCGCCGGCCGUCGGCGGCUCCGUGACGAGCCACCAGGACGCGUCGUUCCUCCGCACGGCGCCGGCCCAGACCGUCGCCGGCCUCUGGCUCGCGCUCGACGACGCGACGCUGGCCAACGGCUGCCUCUGGGUGCGCAACGGGUCCCACGUCGAGCCCGUGCGGCGGCUCUUCGUCCGCGACGGCGAACGGGACCCGAGCAUGGUCUUCGGCAGCGACGUCGACGAGGGAGACCUCGCGGCGCGCGGCUACGCGGCGGUGCCCGCGGCCGCGGGCACGCUGGUCGUGUUCGCGGGCACGCUCGACCACCUCUCGCUGCCCAACACGUCGCCCCUGCCGCGCCACACGUUCCAGCUCCACGUCGUCGAGUCCGCGGGCGUCGCCUGGCACGCGUCGAACUGGCUCCAGACGGCGCGGCCCGGCGGCUUCCUCGCCCUCGGCGCCGAGUCCGGCGAGCUGUAA